AUGGGUCUGCUCACCAUCAUCCGCAAGACCAAGUUGCGCUCGCACGAGUUCCGCUUCCUCUUUCUCGGCCUCGACAACGCAGGCAAGACGACCAUCCUCAAAAAGCUUCAGAACAAGCCGCAGGACGAGAUCGAGGCCAUCUCGCCCACACUCGGCUUCUCUAUCCAGACCUUCCAGUACGGUAAUUACCACCUCAACGUGUGGGAUAUUGGCGGCCAGAAGAGCCUGCGGCCGUACUGGAAGAACUACUUUGAAAAGACGGAUGCCAUCAUCUGGGUCGUCGAUUCCUCCGACACCGCCCGCCUCACCGACUGCAAGCUCGAGCUCGACAACCUGCUCAAGGAGGAGCGACUGCACGGCGCAACCAUCCUGAUCUUUGCCAACAAACAGGACAUCCCAGGUGCCCUUUCUGCCGAACAGAUCAAGAAGCAUCUCGAGCUCGACAAUGUCUCGUCGCACAGCUGGAGGAUCCAGCCUUGCAGCGCCUACACGGGGGACCAUCUGGUGGACGGACUCGACUGGACCGUCAAGGAUGUUGCAGACCGCAUCUACUACCACGGCGAUGCCGACUUCGACCAGCCGCCAAUUACAGCGAGCUUGUCCGCAGCCUAG